GCGGCGCGCUGCGUCGUUAUUUUUGAACAUUAGGCGGGGAAGCGCUUUGCGAGUCGGGGCUGUGGCUGUGUGCAGUGGGCCCGCGCGCCUCGCUUUGUGGGCCAAGCCAUGACGCAGCAGGUCGCCCGGGAGCAGGGCAUCACCUUGCGCGGGAGCGCCGAAAUCGUGGCCGAGUUCUUCUCGUUUGACAUCAACAGCAUUUUAUAUCAGCGCGGUAUAUAUCCAUCGGAAACUUUCACUCGAGUGCAGAAAUACGGACUCACCUUGCUUGUAACCACUGAUCCUGAGCUUAUAAAAUACCUAAAUAAUGUGGUGGAACAACUAAAAGAUUGGCUGUACAAGUGUUCAGUUCAGAAACUUGUGGUUGUCAUCUCAAAUAUUGAAAGUGGUGAAGUCCUUGAAAGAUGGCAGUUUGAUAUUGAAUGUGACAAAACUGCAAAAGAUGAUAGUGCACCCAGAGAAAAGUCUCAGAAAGCAAUCCAAGAUAAAAUUCGUUCUGUGAUUAGGCAGAUCACGGCCACGGUGAGUUUUCUUCCAUUACUCGAAGUUGCUUGUUCAUUGGUUGUACCUGAAAAAUGGGAAGAGUCGGGACCACAGUUCAUUACCAAUUCUGCGGAAGUCAGGCUCCGUUCAUUUACUACCACAAUCCACAAAGCGAACAGCAUGGUGGCCUACAAAAUUCCCGUCAAUGACUGAGAAUGAGACUAGGAAAGGAACGUGGUGGAAAACAUUCUUGAGGUGGCUUUCCUGAAUCAAAGUCAACUGGAGUUGGUGACUUACUUUUUUGGUUACUUUUUAGAUGGCAAAACCCAACAUACUUUAAUGAACUGUGCAUAACUGUUCCAUGUUUGGAGUGCCUGCUUGACUUAUAGGCCAACAUAAUGAGCGUGUUGCACGUUGUGCACAAGGAGCC